CAUUGUGGGAGUUUAGGAUUAGUAAUCAAGAUGGCAGCCUACAUACGACUUGCCUCCAUAUCUCGCUGGUUGAAUAGAGGCACACCAGGGUAUCGACUAUUCGAUGUGGUGACGAACUUUGCUCCAGCCGGGCGUAACAGUGAGACCAGUGUUGUUUUCUCAAUAAAGCGGUACCGUUCGGUAGCUUUUGAGGGAUUGCGGAGCUGCGGCCGGUGCAGAACGGUAACCAGGGUAGCAGGAUCAGCAUGCUGCAAUGGCAAGAAAUCCGGGCUCCUUUCGCAAUCUAAUCCCCGAUUGCAGCAAACCUGCAGCUUCCAGGACUUCAGUGAAAAGAGCAGUGGUGGUUCGGUUAAUUCGGGGGAUGACGGCGUGGAAGACGGGACCGGGGAUGGUGGAGGUGGGGAAGGGGCUGCGGGUAUGCCCCCUUCCAUGACUGCGCUCUCCCCUAUGAUCGUGCCGGAUGUUUUUCCCAAUGUCCCCUUGAUCGCCGUCACUAGGAACCCCGUGUUCCCCAGAUUUAUUAAAAUAAUUGAGGUAAAGAACAAAAAGUUAAUGGAACUCCUUCGAAGAAAAGUGCGUUUGGCUCAACCAUAUGCCGGAGUAUUUCUUAAAAAAGAUGACAGCAAUGAAUCUGAUGCAGUUGAAAGCUUGAAUGAAAUUUACCGGAUAGGAACAUUUGUCCAGAUCCACGAGAUGCAAGAUUUAGGAGACAGAUUGCGCAUGAUUGUAAUGGGACACAGAAGAAUCCAAUUAAACAGACAGUUGGAAGUAAACAGUGAUGAAAUGGUUCCUUCAGAAUUUGAGCAAAAUAAAGAUAAAACACAGGGGGAACAGAAACAUCAAAGAACUGACGAAGCAGGUAGCCAAUCCUCAACCGUGGAUACAAACGUAGAGUCGCUUGUUGCUCCAUUGGGUGAACUGUUAAUGGUAGAAGUGGAAAAUGUAGUCCAUGAAGACUUUCAAGUCACAGAAGAGGUUAAGGCACUUACAGCAGAAAUUGUGAAAACAAUACGUGACAUCAUUGCCCUUAAUCCACUUUAUAGAGAGUCAGUGCUUCAGAUGAUGCAAGCAGGACAGAGAGUGGUGGAUAACCCAAUUUAUUUGAGUGACAUGGGAGCGGCACUUACGGGCGCAGAAUCACAUGAGCUACAGGAAGUGCUGGAGGAGACCAACAUUCCAAAUCGACUGUACAAGGCACUCUCUCUGUUGAAAAAAGAGUUUGAAUUGAGCAAACUGCAGCAGCGUCUUGGACGAGAGGUAGAAGAGAAAAUAAAGCAGACUCAUCGUAAGUACUUGCUCCAGGAGCAGCUGAAGAUUAUUAAGAAAGAACUGGGACUAGAGAAGGAAGAUAAAGAUGCCAUUGAAGAGAAAUUUCGAGAGAGGUUAAAGGAGCUGGUUGUUCCAAAGCAUGUCAUGGAGGUUAUUGAUGAAGAGCUGAACAAACUCAACUUACUGGAUAAUCAUUCCUCUGAGUUCAAUGUAACGCGGAAUUACUUGGACUGGCUGACAACAAUGCCUUGGGGAAAAUGCAGUGAAGAAAAUAUGGAUCUGAAGCGAGCCAACAAGGUGUUGGAGGAGGAUCAUUAUGGCAUGGAGGAGGUCAAAAAACGCAUCCUGGAAUUUAUUGCAGUUAGCCAGCUGCGUGGUACAACCCAAGGAAAAAUUCUGUGUUUCUAUGGUCCACCUGGAGUUGGUAAGACCAGCAUUGCUCGAUCUAUAGCAAGAGCAUUAAACAGAGAAUAUUUCCGCUUCAGUGUUGGAGGAAUGACUGAUGUCGCAGAAAUCAAGGGUCACAGGAGAACAUAUGUUGGAGCUAUGCCUGGAAAAGCCAUUCAAUGCUUGAAGAAAACCAAGACUGAAAAUCCAUUAGUUCUUAUUGAUGAGAUUGAUAAAAUUGGUCGCGGUUAUCAGGGCGACCCAUCCUCUGCACUCCUGGAACUUCUUGAUCCAGAACAGAAUUUUAACUUUCUGGAUCAUUAUCUUGAUGUGCCCGUUGACUUGUCAAAGGUACUUUUUAUUUGCACUGCUAAUGUGACUGAAACAAUUCCAGAACCUCUCCGGGAUCGAAUGGAAAUGAUUAACGUGUCUGGUUAUGUAGCACAGGAGAAGCUUGCAAUUGCUGAGCGUUAUUUGGUUCCUCAAGCACUGAGUGCUUGUGGUCUGGACAAGGAGGGAGUACAGAUUACAUCUGAAGCACUCACUGUUCUCAUUAAACAGUAUUGCAGGGAAAGUGGAGUUCGCAAUCUGCAAAAACAGGUGGAGAAGGUACUUCGCAAGGCUGCUUAUAAAAUUGUACACAAUGAGGCUGACACAGUAAUGGUAACCCCUGAAAACCUGCAAGACUUUGUCGGAAAACCUAUUUUCACAGUGGAUAGGAUGUAUGAUGUCACUCCUCCUGGCGUUGUAAUGGGUUUGGCCUGGACAGCUCUGGGCGGGUCAACUCUCUUUGUUGAAACCUGUCUUCGUCGACCAAGGGACAAGGAAAGUAAAGAAGGCUCUCUUGAAAUGACCGGUCAGCUGGGAGAUGUGAUGAAGGAAAGUGCGAAAAUUGCCUAUACGUUUGCAAGGGCUUUUCUCAUGCAGAAAGAUGCUGCUAAUGAUUUCUUGACUCAAUCCCACAUUCACAUCCAUGUGCCUGAGGGUGCUACUCCUAAAGAUGGUCCAAGUGCAGGCUGUACAAUUGUAACUGCACUCCUAUCUCUUGCAAUGAAUCAACCUGCACGGCAAAAUUUGGCAAUGACUGGAGAGGUGUCACUUACUGGAAAAAUCCUACCUGUUGGUGGAAUUAAGGAGAAGACCAUUGCUGCAAAGAGAGCUGGUGUUGAUUGUAUCAUUUUACCAAUGGAAAACAAGAAGGACUUUUGCGAUCUACCAACAUUUAUUACAGAGGGUCUUGAAGUACAUUUUGUUGAACAUUACCAGGAUGUGUACAGUACAGUGUUUCCAGAUAAAUGAGAUUGAGCUGUGCACCCAUAAUAGAACUGACUUCAGCACAUUUCUGGGAAGUGCAUUCUGUAGAAGUAAAACCACAUGCAACAUGGAGGAGCUGUCUUAAUGCUGCCGAAUUGUCAUGAUUGCAAAGCCAAUGAAACAUAUUUGACCAGAUACUUGGUCAUUUUACUAAAGUAUUGUUGUAACCAAUCCUGACAUCAUAUCGUCAGUUAAUUGAUGGAUUUUGAUUUAAAUAAACUUUAUUAAGUAA